UGUCGCGGACUCCCGCGAUGUGUACAUAUUUCAACAGGCAACACAUAUGACAGCUUCAAAUUAGUCUAUGGUGGUGGCAUAUAAUCCGGUGGAAGCUAUCAGCUGUGCUGAGAGCUUAUGGGCGAGAGAGCCACCGAGGUCAUAUCUUCAGCUCAAGGUAUGAAUCAUUUCCUUCUCAGUGUAACCAACCUCUUAUCUCAACAAUGUUAGCGAAGCAGAUGAUGAUGAUUUGUUAUAUUACUAAAAUGAUGUACAUGUCAGGUCAAAGGUAGAAUUGUACCUCAUUAUCUAGGACUGAAAUUGUUCUCCCAAACUCACAAGCAAAUGAGAGCUCAGGCAAGAAACGUUUUGUAUCAGAGUCGAUACAAAAAUUGGUGGUAGAGUGUCUUGGAUAUGAUUACAAAUUUAUGAAACUGUUUCACAAAUGAUUUACCAAAUUUGUACUAAAUACAAACUUUAAGAGGUUAAAGGUUGCCCUGUGAUCGUUGUGAUUCAUACAAAGUGCUGCCACCUAUUGAUUGUGUGUUGUAAACUAUAAGCGUCACCUUACAUUUUUGAAUUUCCCGCGUAAGGAAAUACCAUUGAAAUCUGCGUGUGAUUUACAUCUUUGAAACCCUAAUUACCUUAUAAAACACGUACUUGUUCAAAAAUCAUGAAUUUGUAACAUAAAAACUAAAUAAUUAUAAUAUUACGCAAUUUAUUUUGCGAAAGUGAUGUAGACAUGUCGAUGUCGGCAAAUUUCAUAUCGAUAAUUAUUGUACACUAUAUCAUAAAACAGAAUAACGAUUAUUUCAGAUAUCGAUACUUUAACCAAAAAGAAUAUUGAAGAAAUAUUAAAGAUCAAAUAAAACUUAGAAAAUAAUUAAAAUCACUUAAAAAAUUUACUGUCAUUUACAUCUUGUGAGUGACAAAUUGUUUACAAUUUGCACUUGAUUGAAAGUUUAUGCUUGCAAUUUCAAUAGAAAACCAGAGAUUUAAUAAUAUAACUGUUUAACUAUUCUAUAUCAAGAUUUUGAUUCAAUGGCGAACAUAAUGACACUUUAGAAAUGCUUAAAUUUGAGGUUAUGAUUAUCGAGCAUACUGCUGUUCGAUACGAUUCACUUAUUUGUUCGCAUCAGAAGGAUACUACACUUUAUUCAUCACAUGUCACUACUGUCAUAAUUCAGUUGAUUAAUUAUGCCUUUUCUUUACGGAGUAAUAAAUAAAUCGAAUAUUAUAAGAUACACUUGAUGUUUUAAUAAAGAUCUUAUCGAUGAUUUCGAUAGAAACCCCUUUUGAAAUGUAUUUACAGGUAACUUACCUUGAGUGUAAGCACAUGGAAUACCGGUAUGCAAAAACCGAUAAUUUAUCGAUAUAAUUUUAUCGACAACCUUGGCCACAGCAAGAUGGUGGAACCGAUUACUCCUGUCGAAAAACAUUGUGCAACAAGUGGUUUGCGAGUGAAUAAUUAAAAUAAAUAUAAAGUUGUGCGGCGAAUGGGAAGUGUUGUAUUGUGUUUGAAAUAAACUAUAUAAGGCUUAAAGCGUACGAGUGCUGACGAACGUCGAGUCAGGCGUGAAGACAAAGUAUAGGCAUAAAGCCGAACGAAGUUCUCGGCUGCCUCCGGCUGCGUGAGGAAAUAGAACUCCUUUGGCCACAUAUUAGCAGAAUAAAGAAAGAACACGAUGGACAUCAUAUUAUUGAAGCGUCUUAGAACAUUUGCCAAUAGUAUAAAAGAGCAUCAAGCGAAAGCAUCAGAGCUAUGUGCGUGUCGUCCAUGGGAAGGUAAUGAAGUGGAACAAGCCGCUAUCAUUGCCUCCAAGUUACAGUCAACGCUGGGGAAAUUUCAGAGUGAUCUCUAUCAGUAUUUUAAUACAAGUACUGAUCCGAACCCUGAUGAGGUCUCGACCUUAACAGAGAUACAAUUACAAGGCGAGGAAAUUUUAGCUGAACUUAAUGCCAGAAUACAGAUUAUUGACGCUCAUUACUCCUCCCUAUACAAAGUUAAGAAAGCGAUGAAGCCUCAAGAUUGCAGGAAAACAUUAGAUGAAUUAGAAAGACACCUUAGAGUAUUGCAAUCCCUAGGAGAAGACACUAAUAAGAAUAACUUAAGGUUCCUUUUCAUGGAAAAAUUUCCUGAAGAUGUGAUUUAUGAGUUGAAACUGAAGUUGAAAACUGAAUCCACAGAAGAGAUAAGGAAACAGUUAAACGCUAUCAUAACGGCAAAGGAGGAUGUUGACAGAAUUAAUGCAGAGGACAAAAAUAUAGAACCUACCUUCACCACUGAAACGUUACACGUGAAAAUUAAUAAAGUUAAGGAUAAUAAUAAACAUUUGAAGAAAUUCACUGGUGAAAGGAAAUUUAAAAAUGAAUAUAAUAUGAAACCUAAAGGGAAACCCAUCAAAACCGAACCGGGUACUUCAACAUUUUCUAGCGUAGACAGAAGGAAGAGACCGUAUGAAGCCAAUAACGAAUCAAGAAAUCAAUAUCCACCUAAAAAGCGAGACAGGAAGGACUGUAUAUUUUGUCACGGUGAUCAUUUCAAUGAUAGUUGUCCGCGCUUUACAACUUUAGCUGAGAGAAAAGGCAAGUUAUCUGACCGCUGCUUCAUAUGUUUUAAAUAUGGUCACAGACAAAACACCUGCAGAACAACACAUGUCUGCCAUUAUUGUGGGGCAAGAAACCGACAUAACAGAGCAUUAUGCCCUGACAAAGAACUGCAAAAUACCACGACUACGUCUACUUAAACAACAAAAAAUCAAGAUAAACAACCAUUUUCAAACAACUGUAGUAAACAAUUAAACAACAUAAGACAUGAUAACUUCAUGAAAAUAUACAGAGUUUUGUUAGAAUGUAUUAUACAAAUAAUCAUUAAUCACCUGAUUCAUUAUUCAAGUUGUCAGAAUGUCUGCCUGAAAAAAGAUAGUAUAAUGAUAGAAAAUUCAUGUAAUUUGUUAAUGAAAUUUAGAUGCCACAAAAUUGGAAU